GUUAUGUCUUCUGAGUAGGUGCGUGCCGUUUUCGUUGGGGAAUGCUGGCAAGUGCCAGUCCAAGGCGUAUGUGUAAAGUGUGUUUGCAGAAUGAAAUCACGGGCGAUUCCAGCCGAAUGACUACUUGAAGUGUGGCUAUGGAACAUUUUCAAGAUGAUCAACUCAACUCCGGUCGAGCUCAUCACCAGCGUGCCCACCAAGUCAUUUCUACCCCAAAGCCGUACAGCUUUGAUUUCCCUGGGGUGGAUGGCUAUCGGGAGACGUCCUUUCAUUCUCAGAUGCAUCCGGUGAAUUACCCAACGCAUCUCUAUCCCAGUGUUACUGGACAUUUUUCCAUCAAAGAGGAGACUGACGAUUCAAGUGAUAAUAGGCAGCAGAUGGGUACGAAAGGGGUGUGUUUAUUAUCGCAUAGUCGCGUUCCACCUGUAGGAUACAAUUUGAAUGGUGAAGGACAUGGUAUGGAUGGAAGUAUUCAUCAUCUGCAACAGGAUUCCCUUAGUAGUCACGGUCUUCCGCAUCACGGCUAUUCUUCAGCCGUGCUUCAUAACUCAGAGCAUCAUGAGCACAGCCUUAAUGCUUAUGACGGCUCAAAUUCUUCGAACUUCGGACUGAAUUCAGGACUUGUGUCUUUCAUGCCCGGCUUGCCGGUGGAACAAAAUCAGCAUUUGUCCGCCCUUGCUGCUGUAUCGAGCAAUCGUCGCUUCUACGAUUCGCAGCCGAUACCGUCUUCGUCCAGCUUAGUGCCGCAUUUCCCGAAUGAGUACCGAAAUAGGGAUUUAGAGGAAGAACGACAUGGCGGUAGUUUGAAAGGCCCAUCCGUUUCUUGUUCGCCUGCCUUGGACGUGUUGCCGCCGUCCUGUGUCCAGGCGACGUGUCCGUCCGAAACGGGAACGCCACUGUCAGCUCUUAAUCAACUUGCGUCUGUGGAUGAUUCGAGAAAUCACGACCCUCGACGGAUGUUCACCAACGACCCUUCAUCAAAUGUUAGUCUCAUCACUUUUAUAACGCUGUUCGUAGUCAACUUAGCCUUGUAA